UGAGAAGGUGUAUUAGCUUGAUGAACGUUGCCUUGUUGAGAAGCUCGCAAUUAAGAAUUGAAAUUUUAGAGGAAGGUGCGCUGCAGCUUUACUUUUCUUUCUUUGCUUUUGGUGUUUUGCUUUUGGAACUGGAAAGAUAGCAGCAUCAAGGAGAAGGACGACAUAAUGACAUAGCUAGAAGAUUGUAGACUCCUGGCAUACUUGGGAUGAAGUUUACUGAAGUGGGCUGGUUGGUAUGGGCUGAAGUUAGCUGAAGUGGGCUGGAUGGGCUUGUGGCCCUGUUAAGUUAGUCAACAAUUUUCCCUUCGUUCAAGCCAUGGUGAGCUAACCUGAAAAGGAACAACAAACAGCAACACAAAGGGCAUCCACUAGCUACAAAACAGAGACUAGUUUUCACAACCAAAAUACAUUCACAACAAUAUUAUAAUUGCAACAACACAUUGAUAAUAGAAAGGAGGCUCCCCCUGGGAACAUGCAGACAACAAAGUCUUUGCAAAAAUACAUAGAUAACAGAAGGUAGGUUCCCCUAUGAAGAAUAUCUAUGGAUCAGUAGUUGCAAAAGGAAGUUCAGGAUAACCAACACAUAGCAUAUUGAUGAACUAUUUACCCAAGCCAAAGAAGUUAAAAAGUCCAUUUAAGUUUAUUUAAGUAGUCACCAUGAGUCAAAACCCUUCAAACUUCAAAAGUACUCAAAGAGUUCACAUUACAGGAUCCUAAGCUUACAUGAAUCGAGCCCCCCUGAAUCUAUUACUCUCUCCCCCUUGAUUUUUGUCGAAAGAAGGCAAGCAAUGCUUAUAUUUAGGAAAAUUCAGCAACUGAGAAGGUAAAAAUAAAUGAUCAAGAGAUAAUAGAGUUAGAAACCAAACCUUCUAGAAAGCUUUGCCGAAACACUGUGCUGAAUGAUAAGCGUAUCUUAUUCAUGAAGACUUCUAAUUGUUUAUCUUACCAUUACGAUCUUAGAGGAGAUUAGGGGUAAAAAUAGCAUGUUUUAACAAUUAUGGCCAUGAAAACAUCAAGAAUUACCAAGAGUGUAAAAUUGUUUGAAAAAUAUAAUCUCGCCGUUAUCAGUUUAACCAGUUUUAUAUUAGAUGGAUACAUCCAAAGUUAAAGAUCCAUACACAUAGUUCUACUUCCUUAGCUUUUGAUAGUUUUGAUAGUAGUAAAACAGCAACUGCUCUAGUAAGUAGCAGACCAUCUUUUGAUGAGAAUUGUAAUACCCAACCCUAUACGUUUUACCUAAUCAUAUUGUUCAUACAAUUGUAGCGGAAUUAAUCUCAGGUGUUACAUUAAUUAUCAAAAUUUACCCAAAUAAAAUAUCGACAUGAAUUACUGGCGUACAUUUUUGCACCUUAUCCUGCAAAAUAAUUCAUCACAAAAACAUAUACUCACAACCAUAUGCAUUGGCUUUUCUUAGCCAUAGUCACACUUUUCAUACUCCACAACUGCAUACCCUACUUAUACAUACCAUAAUCGUCACAACUUACACAGUUACACAACAUAUACACAUAUCAUCAACUUUCCACACCUGUGGAUAUCUCACACUACCUCAGAAGCUAGUAUGCACAUGAAAAACGUUCUCAAAACAUUUUUACAAAAAGGUGUGGAUCACUAGACAAAAUCCCGAGUAGUAGUCCAAGCACAGAAUAGUUGAAGACCAUUCCUCAUUUUGCCUUCAACUCUUGCUCAGCUCCCACCUAUUCACCUAUCUACUGCUGCUGAUGAUGUGGCAUAAGCAGAGAAAAAGGAUAAAGAGGGUCAGCUCAUAGCUGAGUGAGAUAAUCCUUGCAUCGUGAGUUCAUAACAAAGCAUACCCCUACCACACAUCUAGCAAAUAAGCCAAAGCACUAGGAUCAGACCUCAGCCAUCGUCAUAUCCUAAUAGGCAAAAGACUCAACCACCUUGACUUAUGCAUAUGCAUCUUAUCAUGUUUUAAUCAUAGGCGCCUGACUACUCCCAUGCUAUUUACUCUCCCGGGAACACGGACCAAACAUCUCGUGGAUGUGGUCAUAUCGGACCCAGCACUGUCGGUGUAGUCAUAUCGGACUUGACACCACUCUGGAUGUGGUCAUAUCUCAUGAUGAAUCAACGGUCAACACCACAUCAGGGGUGUGACAUAACAUAUCAUAACGGAGUAAUAGCAUGGGGAGCCCUAAUUACUAUGUAAUUGACCAUGAGACCAAAGUACUCUUACUUGGUAUCCUUAUCCAUGAUCCAUAUCUCAUCUUGCGUAAUCAUAAUUCGCUACUUGCACAUGUACUUGACCUGGCCACAAUUGACUCAACAUAGGUAAAUCAGGAGUCGUAUAAUUGCACUUCCUCGGAAUAAACCCUCGUGCAAGUCAUCCUCCUUAAAUGUCAUAAUAUCACCAGGGAAUAUAUACUUUCCCACAUGUGCAUCCAAAUACGACAAUAAUAUCACAAGAGGAUUGAUUACCUCGCUGCAGGAAGCUCGUAUAUGAAAUUUGGGCUCAAUCCGGCUUCCGGAUACUCCGAAACCCUAAUUUGGCUUAUUAGAAAUUCAAUAAAUUCAUGAAUCAAAAACUCGUUUUAAAGCUCUAAAUCGAUAAACUACGACGUAAGGAUGGAUUAGGCAUUACUUACGGAAUUUUUGGAUCACUAGGGCUCAAGAAUUGAGCUGUGAAAUUUUUCCCUUGCGUUGCUUCCUGAACUCUGGUCGCUCUGCUUCUCUCGGUCCGUGAAUAGCAAAAGAAAGAACAAAAUCAAUUGGAUGGGAAAGAAUGGUCGGGACGGGGAAUUAUAUAUGGCCCCUGAUCGCUUCUUUUAUUAUAUAUAUAUAUGGUGACUUCUACGGUGCCCAGGACAAAAGCCGGGUACGGGUACCUUGGCCGAUCUUAACCGUUCGUUUUCAAUCUCCACGGCUCACGUUUGUUAAACCUAACUGCGCCACUAAAUAACUAAACAAAUUACAAAAAGCCUCCUCCGCGUUAAGUUUGUUUUCAUCCUAGUCCAACUAACUGCCCCGAUUAAAUUAAAUGGAUUAAGACCCAAACCCAAUUGGGUAGACCCACUGCCGCCCAAACCAAUUUCCAGUCUCCCUAACCAAUUACACGAUCCCUCUCUCAUCUUGGAGGGACGCCCCUUCACAGUUCCAAGAGAAGCUCCCCAUCCACAUUCGACGUAGAUUGAAUUUCCCAAAAAAAUUUUGUCUUGUUUGUUCUUCGCCAUUGUAUUUCCCCUCGCCUAUCUCUUUCUAACACGAUUACGGCGACCAUGUCUAUUAUUGUGUUCAUCGAACUUUUCAUUUGCAAAAGAACCCUUGAAAGAGGUUUGCUAACCCUAGGGUUCAUGUCCCUAGUUCUUUGUCAUCUUGUCUUAGCGUUAUUGUGAUUUUCUCGAGCCUUAUAUCUCUCGGUGAAUUUAGAUUUCCUGAUAUGUAGUGUUCGUCUCGCACAGAGGAUUGAGGAAGAAGAUGAAGAACACAUAAUUUGAUUCGAAUCGGAUGGAGAGGUCUCCUUAGUUUGUGUUUAUGUAUUAACGGUGCGUUUAGGACUAAUUCUAGUUGGACUGGGUCUGAUCAUUGAUUUUUGCAGGCUUUUAAAUAACAUUCAAACGUGGGCUUGUACAUGACCCAUGCAAUAUUCAAAAGUGGGCCUAGAACGUGCGAGCCCAUUAGUUUUCUCCUGCGGUAUCAGCGCCAACCCUAGUUUAACUAGCUUUAGUUACCCUAGUUUAACCUAUACGAGUUAACAUCAUCAUUACUACAUAUCUUCCCAAAUCUUCUAACUCUUGACAUUCCAGACUCAACCGUCUCCAUCACACGUCUACACACUCAACCCCCACGAUCACUUUUUCUUACACCUACAAUCUCUCUUUCCUCCAUCUUCACCUUCCCUUGUUCCUUCUUCCUCUGACUCCAUGGCAAACAAAGGCAAAUCGUUUGCGGAUAUGGGCAUACUAACUCUAUCAAACGACGACUGCCGAUCCACCCCAAGUCUCGCGGACUAUCGUUCAUUCACGAGCAAGACAUCUAUUGUGGCCAAGUACGAGUUCAUCCACCUGUCCCCUUUCCCUCAAGAAGUGAAGCAGUUAAUUAAAAAUCUUGGCUGGGAAAAGUUCUUUGAUCUCCGGAGUCGAGGAAGCACCAGUUACUGCCCGCAUGUGGUGAGGAAGUUCUACCACAAUUUAGAGCUGUCUGGUCCCUCCGAUUCUCAUCUCGUGUCGGUCUUCCUGGGUUAUAGAGCCUGCUUCCAGCCUCAUCAGUUUGCUGAGAUCCUCGAUCUCCCCGCCGCAGGACACCACAUUGAUAGCAGAAGCGAUCUUCGGCUGUACGAUUUUGAGUUCGAAGUUGAACUGGCGAGACUGACGAAUGGGGGCAUCCAGGCUUCUUUCCUCCCAGAUCCUCUUCGAUUCCUCCAUUGGAUGAUCGUCAACUGCUUCAUGCCAAGGUACAGUGGUCAUUCGAUAAUUCGUAAACUUGACCUGUUUAUCCUUGUGCAAGCUCAAAGAGGUAUUCCUCUUAACCUCGCAUCUCUCAUGUGCGUGAACAUGGUUGAGGCUGCUCCUAGAGGGGAAAACUGGUACACUGCCUUUCCAUAUGCCACCUUCUUGACCACCUUUCUUGGAAGGGUUGGGAUGGAUAUGGGGGUUUAUGCUAGGGAGGACCAUUCCGCCUAUUUGCCAGUCUACCAUAUCGUCGAAGUGACCAAUACUUUUUAUGACCUUCGGCAUACGGAGCAUGAAGAGACCCCUGAGGCAUCCUCAAGCAAACGUCCUCGGCUUACAUGAUAGUCGAUUGAUGCAGGGCGGGGUGGAGCAGUGCAGGGCGGGGUGGAGCAGUGAAGGGGCCAGCAUUGGAUGUGUUUUGUUAAGAAGUUUACUGUAAGGCUUCGUUGUUUUUUUUUUCCAGUCUUUUUCUCUAGCACUCAAAAAUGUCAGGUACUGAGGGGAGCCAGUACAUCAUCUGACUAGGAAAGUCUCCCAUUUUUUUAAUUAUCCAGACAAAUAUUUUUCUAUGCAUGCAGUAUUUUGUGAAUUUGCCAUGGCUAAUUUCCCUAAGACAGGUGACGAGAUGCAGUAAUGGUCAUCCCUAAGCAAGGAGGUGCAAUUGCAUCCUACACUUGCUAUGAUGUGAGAAGCUAUUGCAAGGGUGCAAAUUUGGUUGCAAUUGAAAUUGGCCCACGAGUGGGGACUAUUGAUGAAAUUGCAAUGUUUUCUCAAAAUUAUAGAAGUGGAAAUAGGGACUACCUAUGAAAUUGCAAAUGAAUUUCAUUGGGGGAGAUUUUAAUCCGCUUUUGUUCUAAGCAGUUCCAAUUAGGUUGAUUAUAAUGAUUUUUUAUCUAUGGUGAUUUUUUCCCCCUUUUUCAUCAAGACUCAUGCUUCUUUUACCCCCUGUGGAUCUAUCAUGCUUCGUUUAUAGUAAAAUAUCCUUUUAAUU